AUGGCUACGCACGUCAGAGCGACAGCCAGAGCAGUUGGGGCUCUUCGUCCACGCAUUGCCCCAACUAUUGCAGUCCCAGCAGCCCGAUGUUACUCGUCCUCUUCCGAACCAGACUUGAAGGAGACCUUGAAAGGAGUUAUACCCGCCAAACGCGAGCUGCUCAAGAAGGUCAAAGCCAAUGGCUCCAAGGUCAUUGGAGAGGUCAAGGUGGAAAAUGCAAUUGGCGGCAUGAGAGGACUCAAGGCAAUGCUCUGGGAAGGAUCAGUAUUAGAUGCUAAUGAGGGUAUCCGAUUUCAUGGCCGAACCAUCAAGGAAUGCCAGAAGGAGCUUCCCAAAGGAAAGACCGGUACUGAGAUGCUGCCAGAGGCCAUGUUCUGGUUACUGCUCACCGGCCAAGUCCCAUCUGUCGCCCAAACCAGACAAUUCUCGCGAGAGCUUGCUGAGCAAGCAUCACUUCCUGAUUUCGUCAAUAAGAUGCUCGACAACUUUCCCAAAGAUCUUCACCCCAUGACCCAGUUUGCUAUUGCUGUCAGCGCGCUAAACUAUACAUCCAAGUUUGCCAAGGCCUAUGAGCGCGGUUUGAACAAAGCCGAUUAUUGGGAGCCUACUUUUGACGACUGUAUAAGCCUGCUCGCCAAACUACCCACGAUCGCUGCAAAGAUAUAUCAAAACUCAUACCGUGAUGGCGGCGCAUUGCCAGCCGACGUAGACUUGGAGCAGGACUGGUCUUACAACUUUGCUGCCAUGCUUGGCAAAGGCGGCCAAGAGAACGAGAACUUCCAGGAUUUGUUGAGGUUAUACCUGGCUCUUCACGGUGAUCACGAAGGCGGAAAUGUGUCGGCUCAUGCCACCCACCUGGUUGGAAGCGCUCUAAGCGACCCAUUCCUCAGUUACAGUGCAGGACUCCAGGGUCUCGCCGGUCCCCUGCAUGGCUUGGCUGCUCAAGAAGUUCUGCGAUGGAUCAUCCAGAUGAAGGAAGUUAUUCCCGAGAACUACGGGGAGAAGGAAGUACAUGAUUACCUGUGGUCCACUUUGAACUCUGGAAGAGUUGUUCCGGGGUAUGGCCAUGCAGUCCUUCGGAAGCCUGACCCUCGCUUUGAGGCCCUCAUGGACUACGCCGCUUCGCGACCAGAGAUCGCUAAGGACCCCGUGUUCCAAUUGGUCAAGAUCAAUAGUGAAGUUGCACCUGAAGUAUUGAAGAAGCACGGCAAGACCAAGAACCCAUACCCCAACGUCGACUCAAGCUCUGGCGUUUUGUUUCAUCACUAUGGUUUCCAUGAGACCCUUUACUACACCGCCACUUUCGGCGUAAGUAGAGGUCUAGGUCCUCUGGCCCAGCUGAUCUGGGAUCGUGCUCUCGGCUUGCCAAUUGAGCGGCCCAAGAGCAUCAACUUGCAGGGAUUACUUGAUGCAUGA